UCCGGUCGGUGGUCGCGGCAUGGCGGAGCCGCGCGGCGGCCCCGGGCCCCCGGUGCCGGUGCCGGUGCCGGUGCCGGUUCCGGUGCCGGUGCCCGGCGGAGCCGCCCCCGCGCAGGGCGGGCCCCGCGUCUGCUUCGCGCCCGCGGCGGCGGCGGCGGCGGCACCGGAGGAGGGCCCGGGGCGGGGCCGCGGGAAGGUCACGGUGCGCUACGACCGCCGCGAGCUCCGCAAGCGCCUCCACCUCGAGGAGUGGAUCCUGGGGCAGCUCACGGCGCUCUACGACUGCCCGGAGGAGGAGAUCCCGGAGCUGGAGAUCGACGUGGACGAGCUGCUGGACAUGGAGAGCGAUGGCGCCCGCAGCGCCCGCGUGCAGGAGAUCCUCGUUGACUGUUACAAACCCACCGAGGCAUUUGUGGGGGAUCUCCUGGAGAAGAUUCGGGGGAUGCAGAAACUCAACACCCCCCAGAAGAAAUGACCCCAAAAUUGGGGGAAUUCCCCCCAAAAUCCGGGGGAGCCCCCAGACCUCGGGGGGACCCCGCCCAAAUCCCACCCCCGCCCCAAUUUUGGGGGGACUCCUCCAUUUUUGGGGUCCCCCCCCUGCAAUGAUAAUCACCCCCCCACCCCCACUGGUUUUGGGGGGUCCUGGGAGGGAUUUUGGGGGGAAUUUGGGGGUUUUUGGGGUUU